CUAUCAUGUACUCAAAUUUUGCCAGCCUCGUCUUUACUCACACUUCUAACAUCAUGAUCAUUCAUUGAUGCUUUUGUUGUCAAGAGCUUUCUCCUUUCUGAUCUGAGGGUCUUUCCCGACGAUUCAAUGUCUCCUGGCCCUGAUUCUGUAAAGCCACGAGAUGUCUGUGUUGUUGGUGUCGCGCGGACGCCAAUCGGUGCUUUCCUUGGCACUCUUUCAUCUAUUUCAGCGACGGAGCUUGGUUCUAUAGCAAUUAAGUCUGCUCUCAAGAGAGCAAAUGUAGAUCCAUCACUCGUGCAAGAGGUGUUCUUUGGGAAUGUUCUCGCUGCAAAUUUAGGGCAAGCCCCUGCCAGACAGGCUGCCUUAGGUGCGGGCAUACCUUCAUCUGUAAUCUGCACUACUAUUAACAAAGUUUGUUCAGCAGGUAUAAAAGCUACUAUGCUUGCAGCGCUGACAAUACAAUCGGGCAUUCAUGACGUUGUCGUGGUUGGUGGUAUGGAAAGCAUGUCUAAUGCACCCAAGUAUAUGGUACAAGCAAGGAAGGGAUCUCGGGUAGGGCAUGAUACUAUCGUUGAUGGUAUGAUCAAGGAUGGCCUUUGGGAUGUUUAUAAUGACUUCGGUAUGGGUGUUUGUGCUGAGCUAUGUGCUGAUCUUCAUGACAUAACAAGAGAGGAGCAGGAUUCUUAUGCGAUAGAAAGCUACGGGAGAGCAAUUUCUGCUCAAAAUUCUGGUCAUUUUACAUGGGAGAUAGUUCCGGUUGAAGUCUCUGCAGGAAGAGGGAAGUCCUUCACCUUUAUUGAUAAAGAUGAAUGUUUGGGAAAGUUUGAUGCUGCAAAGCUAAAGAAGCUUAGGCCAAGCUUCAAGGAGGAUCUGGGUUCUGUAACUGCUGGCAAUGCUUCUAGCAUAAGUGAUGGCGCUGCCGCAUUAGUGCUAGUGAGCGGAGAGAAGGUGCUUCAGCUUGGAUUGCAAGUAAUAGCUAAGAUAAAGGGAUAUGCAGAUGCAGCUCAGGCACCGGAGGUAUUCACAACUGCGCCGGCUCUCGCAAUACCAAAAGCCAUAUCAAAUUCUGGUUUGGAGGCUUCUCAAAUUGAUUAUUAUGAAAUAAACGAAGCCUUCUCUGUUGUAGUUCUUGCGAAUCAAAAGCUUCUUGGUCUUAAUCCUGAGAAAGUUAACGUGCAUGGUGGAGCUGUAGCAUUGGGACACCCCUUGGGCUGCAGUGGAGCUCGUAUCUUAGUAACACUGUUAGGGGUACUGAGACAAAAGAAGGGGAAGUAUGGGGUUGCUGCUAUCUGCAAUGGAGGAGGAGGGGCGUCUGCUCUCGUCUUUGAGCACAUGCCAGUUUCCAAGGUUGGACUUUCUUCAUUAUGAGGAUGGUUGGAGAAUAAUUAAUGCAUUGUAAUUCUGUUGAAGAAAGAAUGGCUAUACUUUUGAUUUACAUGUUGCAUUGUGUUGUAUUUAUUUAUUUAUCUUCUAA